AUUUUCUUAUUUUCGCUUUCCAUCCUUUCCAUCUUUCCUCAAUUACACCAUCUGACCAUAUGUUCCCUCCCCAACUUGUUUGCUUCUUAACCCAUCAAAUCUGCGCCUCUUUGUCUCUCUCACUACCUUUUCACUCUCAAAAACCAAACCACAUUAUAGAUACACACCAAAGCUAACCUCUACUCAAAAGCCAAACAAAGUACACAACACAAUCCAUUACAAAAAAUAAACACACACCAAUAUCUACCUGCAUGAUUCACAUCCACAUGGAAGCUAUCAAGUUAGGAGUUGGUAAUGGAAAAGUUAACAUUGCUGCUGAAGAUGACUCCAUUGAUGGAAUGCAAUGCAUUGAUCAUCCUUAUCGAAACAACCCUGGUGGGAUCUGUGCUUUUUGUCUUCAAGAAAAACUUGGUAAACUUGUUUCUUCUUCUUUUCCUCUUCCUAUUCAUGCUUCUUCCUCUUCUUCUUCUUCUCCUUCUUUCAGAUCCAAUGUUGCUCCUUCUUCUUCUUCCACUUCCACUACCCGUCAUUGUGCUUCUUCUUCUUCCUCCGCCAUUAACACCGUUUCAACAACAACUGCUGUAGCUUCAUCUUCUUCUUUGUCUCUCUCUGUCUGUCCUAUCAAAAAUGAGAAUAAUGGUAAACCGUUUCACCAUGAAUACUAUUCUAGAAAAACUCGUAUCCCUUUUCUCUUAGCCAAGAAAAAGAAGAAGAAAAACACUGUUUCUGGUUCUGGUUCUGGUUCUGCUACAUCUAAUAAUAUUAUUCUGAAACGUAGCAAAUCAACUGCUACACCAAGAAGAGGUAGUAGUAACUCUCUGGUUGAUGCUGAUGAUGAAUAUUUUAGUCCUAGAAAAAGAAAUGGGUUUUGGUCAUUUCUCUAUCUUUCUUCAAAAUCUUCUGCUAAGAAUCUCAACUCAAAGAGUUUUAGAGAUGGAAACAACACUGCUACUACUACUGCAGCAAAACUCAAGGAGAAGUGUUGUUCAGGUUCUUCUUUAGGAAGAAAGAACGACAUUGUUAUUGUUGAAGAAGAAGAAGAAAACAGUCCUAACAGAAACAGCAACAACAACAACAAUAAUACAGGUUCUUCCAUUGAGCGUAAAGUUUCAAGAUCUAGAUCUGUUGGCUGUGGUAGCAGGAGUUUCUCUGGUGAUUUCUUUGAAAGAAUCUCAACUGGGUUUGGAGAUUGUACUCUCAGAAGAGUUGAAUCACAACGUGAAGGUAAAUCAAAGGUAGUUUCUUCUAGUUCUACUGGUAUUGCUUCGGUGAACGCUAAUGGUGACCACCAUCACCACCAUUGCAUGAAAGAGAGAGUACUUCGACGUUGUGGAGGUAUAUUCAGUGGCUUCAUGAUGACUUCAUCUUCAUCCUCCAAUUCAUCUAACUCAUCUUAUUGGGUUUCUUCCAAUUCUGCUGAUGAAACUGUGAACGGUGGAAAACAAGGUUCUGUGUCGAUUUCUCAGAAUAAUAACCGCGGUGGAAGGAGUUGGGGUUGGGCUUUUGCUAGUCCAAUGAGAGCUUUUAGUAGCAAAAGUUCUUCUAAAGAGAAUCAUCAUAAUAAAAGGGAUAUUAUUAGAGAUGCUAAUGAUAAGAUUAAUGCUACUCCAAAUUUAUCUGCUAUGCCAUCUUUACUUGCUGCAAGAGGAUGAUGACAAGAGGUAUAUGAGAAGACAAGAAUGGCAUAAUGGUGGUACUUUUUUUACUUUGAGAAGAGGGAAGGGAGAAGAAAAUCUCGAUGCAUUCUGAGUAAUCACGUGGCUUGUCUUAAUUACUAUGACAUUGGUUCUAGUAUUUUUUUGUAGCUACCUUAUUGUAAUGCGAAAGAGAUGUAAUAUUGGAGUUUUUAAUAUUCACUAUUCACAUGGAUACACAUGUUUGAGUGGUGUAAGAGACACAAUAGGGAGUAGUAGUAGUAGUACCUAUAUAGAAUCACUUUUGGAUAGUAUUUAUUUAUGUGUAGUAUCAUGUAUGUAUGAAUAUGAUUGAGUUUAUAUGCAAUUUAAUAAGAUGGUGUUGAUGAUUAUUAA